GAAGAAGAAGAAGAAGAAGAAGAGUAGGGGUGGUAACUUAGUGGUGUAGCGCGAUCAGCUGUUAGCCGUUAGCUUGUUGACGCCGUUAUCUGUCAAUAUGACUCGAGCGCUGCUGCGCCUCAUGGACCUUCAGCUUCAAUGCGCUGCGAUGUCGGCUGUCGUUCCACGUCUCGUAGGAAGGACAUUGUACACUCAGACGCUUCCUCUAAACAAAGAAGCUACAGAAGUCGCAGACGCAUCUGCGAUUUCUCCAUCCAAGAAGGCGAAGACUGAGACGAAGCCUGCGGAAGACAGACCCGUCCUCAGGUUUGCGAAACUCUCCGAGCAUGCCACGACACCGACCAGAGGCUCGACGAAAGCAGCGGGAUACGACCUCUACAGUGCCUAUGAUUACACCAUUGGGCCCAUGGAUAAGGCCAUCGUGAAGACGGACAUCCAGAUAGCAGUUCCACACGGCAGCUAUGGGCGAGUGGCACCGAGGUCUGGACUGGCGGUGAAACACUUCAUUGAUGUCGGUGCUGGAGUUGUAGAUGAAGAUUACAGAGGCAAUGUGGGAGUUGUGCUCUUCAACUUCAGCAAGGACUCUUUUGAUGUGAAAAAGGGCGACAGAGUUGCUCAGCUGGUGUGUGAGAGGAUCUUCUACCCAGAUCUGGUGGAGCAAAAGACUCUUGAUGAGACGACGCGUGGUGCUGGAGGUUUUGGAUCAACUGGACGCAACUGAAAGCUCCAAAUAUUGUUGGCGAUGUACAUGUUGAAAAUAUAAUGAUUUAAGUGUUAAUAAAGUUGUGCCUUUUUUUUGUA